GACGGGGAUGAUGCUGGCGUGCAGAGGAGGACCAAUGACAGCGCAGGAUGCUAAGGGAGGCUGCUCGGCUGAAUGGAAGCGACGGGAUCUCGUCCGUGUAGCAGCACAAACGAGGAAUUAACAUCGAAGGAGGCACCUUCCAGUUGUCCGCUCCAUGUGCGACAUGCUCCAUCUCCCAAGACAUUAAAUAAAGUCACCCAUGUGUGGUUUAGCGAGCCUGUGCAGUAUCAUCGCAGUGCGCCCCCGUUAAGGACCCCUCUGGUGGCCACGCGGCCGACUCACGGGACAUGUACGGCAGUGCCAGAGCUGUAGGUCACUUAGAGAGCAGCCCCGCACGCUCCCCGCGCCUGCCUCGGUCCCCCAGACUGGGCCAUCGAAGGGCCAACAGCGGGGGCGGGAGCGGCGCGGGGGGCAAAACGCUCUCCAUGGAGAACAUCCAGUCUCUCAACGCUGCCUACGCCACUUCAGGGCCCAUGUACCUGAGCGACCACGAGGCCGUGGGCUCCACAGCCACUUACCCGAAAGGCACCACGACUCUGGGUCGGGCCACCAGCCGGGCCAUGUACGGGGGCCGCGUCACAGCCAUGGGCAGUAGUCCCAACAUCGCUUCAGUGGGACUGCCCCAUGCUGACCUUCUGUCUUACAGUGACCUGGGCUCCAUCUCCAUGCUGCAUGCCCACCACCACCACCAUCAGGCGGUGCCCUCCGCCCUGUUGAGGCAGGCGGUGCGGAGCAGUGGAGGGGAACUGCUGGAGAUGCAGGCCCAGUUCAGGGAUAUGCAGAGGGAGAAUGAGAUGCUGCGCAGGGAGCUGGACCUAAAAGACAGUAAGCUUGGCUCUUCCACCAAUAGCAUCAAGAGCUUUUGGAGCCCAGAGCUGAAGAAGGAGCGCAUCAUGAGGAAGGAAGAGGCCGCACGCACAUCUAUACUCAAAGAGCAGAUGAGAGUCACUCAUGAGGAGAACCAGCUGCUGGAUGCCAGGAGAACAAAGCAUCUCCAGAUGACCAUCCAGGCUCUCCAGGACGAGCUUCGCACACAACGCGACCUCAACCACCUGCUGCAGCAGGAGAGCGGCAACCGCUCCGGCGCCGAGCACUUCACCACCAUCGAGCUGACCGAGGAGAACUUUCGUCGACUGCAGGCCGAGCACGACCGGCAGGCCAAGGAGCUCUUCCUGUUGAGGAAAACCCUGGAGGAGAUGGAGUUGAGAAUCGAAACCCAAAAGCAGACGCUAGGAGCCAGAGACGAGUCCAUCAAGAAGCUGCUGGAGAUGCUGCAGAGUAAAGGGCUGCCCUCAGGGCCCGGCAGGGUGUCUGAGGAAGAGGAGCAAGAGAGGAACAGGCGCAUUGCUGAGGCUGAGGCCCAGCUUGGACACUUGGAGGUCAUUCUAGACCAGAAAGAAAAGGAAAAUAUCCACUUGAGAGAGGAACUUCACCGACGAAAUCAACUGCACCAGGAUCCAAGCAAAACUAAGGCCCUGCAAACCAUCAUAGAGAUGAAAGAUACCAAAAUUGCCUCACUGGAGCGCAACAUUCGAGACCUGGAGGAUGAGAUCCAAAUGUUGAAAGCAAAUGGCUUGCUGAACACAGAGGACCGUGAGGAGGAGAUCAAACAGAUGGAGGUCUACAAGAACCACUCCAAGUUUAUGAAAACCAAGAUUGACCAACUCAAGCAGGAGUUGUCUAAGAAGGAGUCCGAGCUGCUUGCUCUGCAGACAAAGUUGGAGACCCUCAACAACCAGAACUCAGACUGCAAACAGCACAUCGAGGUGCUCAAAGAGUCUCUGACUGCCAAAGAGCAACGGGCAGCCAUCCUGCAAACAGAGGUGGAUGCUCUACGCCUACGUUUGGAGGAGAAAGAGUCAUUCCUCAACAAGAAAACCAAGCAGCUGCAGGACCUGACAGAAGAGAAAGGCACUCUUGCUGGAGAAAUAAGGGACAUGAAAGACAUGUUAGAGGUCAAAGAAAGGAAAAUAAAUGUCCUCCAGAAGAAGAUUGAGAACCUGCAAGAGCAACUAAGAGACAAAGACAAGCAGCUGAGCAACCUGAAGGACCGAGUCAAGUCUCUGCAGACAGACUCCACCAACACGGACACUGCCUUGGCCACUUUAGAGGAAGCGCUUUCAGAAAAGGAGAGAAUCAUAGAACGUCUAAAGGACCAAAGGGAGCGCGAAGACAGAGAACGUCUGGAGGAAGUGGACGCUUACAAGAAGGAGAACAAAGAUCUCAAGGAGAAAGUCAACAGUCUGCAGAUUGAGUUGACAGAAAAAGAGUCCAGCCUCAUUGAUCUCAAGGAGCACGCAUCGUCUCUGGCAUCUUCUGGCCUCAAGAAGGACUCAAAGCUAAAGUCCCUGGAGAUCGCCAUCGAGCAGAAAAAAGAAGAGUGCAGUAAGUUGGAGACGCAAUUACAGAAGAAGGCCCACGAAGUGGAGCAUCAGUCAGUCUCUCGAGGUAACCCUGAGUACGUGGACCGAGUGAAACUGCUAGAGAAGGAGGUGGGCUACUACAAGGAUGAGGCCAGCAAGGCUCAAACAGAGGUGGAGAGACUCCUAGACAUCCUGCGCGAGGUGGAGACUGAGAAGAAUGACAAAGACAAGAAGAUCGCAGAGUUGGAGAGCCCCCCUCACACUGUCCCCCGCCCCAGCCCUCGUCCUGGCGGCAGAGCCCCCCCUGACCCGCUCCCCCCGAUGUCCGCCGCCCCUCAGCAGAUAGGGGGUAUGGUGUGGGACUUCCUGGGAAAACAAGGAGGAAAAGACCUGACCAAGAAAGGCACAAACAUCAAACUGGGACCCCAAGGAGACAAGAAAGGCUUGGGACAGGACAUCCGUAAGGAUAGCUCCUUGGAGGGCGGCCACCAUUCAAAGCUAGAGGACCUGAUGAACACACUUGAGAGGACGAGGCAAGAACUGGAUUCCACCAAGCAGCGUCUCUCGUCAACGCAGCAGUCACUGCAGGAGCGAGACAGCCACCUCACCAAUAUGAGGCAAGAGCGCAGAAAACAACUGGAAGAGAUUCUAGAAAUGAAACAGCAAGCUCUGCUAGCUGCCAUUAGUGAGAAAGAUGCAAAUAUUGCACUGCUAGAACUGUCUGCCACAAACAAAAAGAAGACCCAAGAGGAGGUGAUGUCACUGAAGAGGGAGCGGGACAAACUGAUGCACCAACUUAAACAGCACACUCAAAGCAGAAUGAAGCUGAUUGCUGACAACUAUGAAGAUGAACAAUAUCAUCCACAUGGCCCGCACCACACCCAGCCUCAGGCCCAGCACCCUCAACCACAACCUCAGACCCAGUACGCUCAUCCUCCACACGCCCAGCAGGUCCCAUAUGCGCACGCCCCUCACAUGCAGCACCCGCAACACUCCCAGCCCACACAGCAGCACCCUCACCCACAGCAGCCGCAGCUCCAAUACCCGCACUCUCAACAUCCGCAGCAUCCGCAACAGCACUCCCAACACCCUCAACCGCCUCCCCAGCACUCACAGCACCCCCGUCCCCCGCAACCACAGCAUCCGCUCCAACAACACCUCCAGCAUCCCCCGCAGCAUCCGCAUGGGCAUCCCCUGCCGCAGCACCCGCAUCCUCAGCAUCCCCAGCACCCGCAUGCCCCUCUCCAACAAGGUCCUCACCCUCAACACCCGCAUCCCCAGCACCCUCAGCACCCUCAACAUCCUCAGCACCCCCAACACCCUCAACACCCCCAACACCCUCAACACCCUCAGCAUCCCCAGCCCCAACACCACGGGCAACAUCCACGACACCCGUCGCCUCAUCAUCGUGGCGGGCCAGGCCGAGGACCCCCACAUGCUGGUCACCGCCCUUCCCCGGAUCAGGAUGACGAGGAAGGCAUAUGGGCAUAAUCGUUGAUGAUGACAACCAAAGUUCAAUAGCUGUUUUGAGGGAUGACUCGGCCACUUGAGGGGGGAGCAACCACACAAUGUUGUUGACAUAUGAAGACACUGACGAAAAAAUACAGUAUGUUACUUUCACUCAGCAAGGAGACCUUUGGUAUUUUAUUUUGUUUACGGAGGGAUUCACUGAAGUGUGCAAGUCAGGCACUGGGAGACUGACAGCAGAGUGGGUGACCUUGGAGCAGACCUUUCCCCAGUACAAAACCAGAAAUACAGGACACAAUGGGCAUGGAGUUCACACAUUUCUUCACUUCCUUUGCCACCUGCUCAACACUAAGGCCUCCUCAGAAGUUCACAUAACUUUUCUCCAUUUGGCCAAAGCUGAAUAUUAUCCCUCCUCAUGAUAGCUUCAAGGCCAGCUUUGCUGUCUACUCCCCACAGCCUGACUGUAUCGGUCAUGUCUUUACAACGACUGUGAGCCCUAAAUAUAUGAGACAACACAGACGGAGGGACCUUUUUUAUACCUUUUUACUUGUGUCACUUUCUUAGAGGAGCUCAUGUUCAACAUGUGGUGUACCAAAUGUAAGCAUAGAGUGUGCCACCAAUGGAGUUUUUUUUAAUAAUACGUUUUGGUUCUUCUGGGGUCAUUUUAAGACGAGGUGCCUUGAAAUGAACAUAAUGGCCCUCCAGUUUAUUUUUGCUUUGCCAUUAAGUUUGCCAUCAUUUUAAUGUUACCUCAUUUCAAUCCAAGUUAAAGGGUGGGGAAAAGCUAUCUAUGCAGGUGUCAGUGUUGCAUGAAUGAAUUUAACUCGCUAUCUGUAUUUAAAGUGUAAUUAUGCAGCCAGUCGGGGCGGCUAAGAACAGCAUAAGAACACAAGAAUCUGCCAGCUUGUGAAAAGAGACUAUGCAUCCACGAAGCACACCUUGCCGCAGGAUGUUUUUGUUGUUCAACUCAUGGUGCUCCUGCUGCAGGUGCUUGUUAUCAAUGGCGUCAGUGGGUGUCUAUAACUUCUUCUACAGUAAACAACUCUGUACAUAAGUCAAAAGGGGCACUUUAUGAUCAAUUUAUGAACCCCCAAAGAGACUCCAAAAUACUAUAAAUACAAUUAGGAAGAGGUGCCCUGUAAGUAGUUGUUUUUCCUUCAAGCUCCAUCCACCAAUCGCUCUGAGCCCAUCUCUUCUCGAAAAAGUAGUUUGCACCACAUCCCCAAAUGUAGUGACCUGUUUCAAUCCCUCAAAACACGGUGGCCUCCUCCUUAAAAAAAUGUGUACACAUAUGUGAUAGAUAUGCAUAUAUUAUACAUAGAGAGAAAUCUAUAAAUUGUGUCUAUAUAUGGUCAGAAAAUUAUUUAAAAAUGAAAAGACUAAAGAACAUUUUUUUCUUUAUAGUUACUUUUUUUCUAAAUGAAUGGCGGGCUGAGAAGUGUGUUUGAGUGUUUUGUUGUAAAACUGGGGAAAACCCUGAUAAAAGACAAACAUUCCCAGUCUGAAAAUACAGACACGAUGAAAAAAAGAAAUGGCAUAAGGCAUACUGGGAGUUAAAGCGCAGAGACGCUUAUUUAAAUCUUUGUAGAAAACAAUUUCACAUUCCUUUUUCCUCACUUUACAUUCCUGCCUUUGUAUUAGUCCAGAGGUUUUCAAUAGUGUGAGACAGAGGACUUCAGGGCAAGGGCAUAGGUUUGGUCUCAACCUUGGUAGGGGCGCUAUAAAAGCAUAACCUGCAUGUACACUUUAUGCUUGGGACAGGAUAUAAAUAAGGCCAAACAGGGGUCAGGGCUACAAUUCUCACAAAUAUGAACCUAAUUAAUUGAUAGGCAAAAUGAUCAAUGCAAAAAUAAAUGUAUGGGCUGAUACUAACUUUCACUUCAUUGGUUCAGGUGAUACAACUUUCGAUUCGAGCCUUUAGUUUCAAAAACGACUAAAGAAACAUUUUUGAAAACUUCCAGAAUAAACGUCUGGAUUUUAUUAGCUAAUUUAAAUUCCAAUAUUUGAACAUGAUUUAAAUUAUAUUAACAUACACAAUAAAUAGAAACGCGUUAAUAAUCUCUUAACUAUCAGGAAUGCAAAAUAAAUAAAUAAACAUUUGUCUUAAGACCACUCAAAUUGACUGUCUAAAUAGAGAAAUUAAGUAUAAAAAAAACUUUGGGAAUAGCAAAAAUAAACAAAAUUGGAGCCUUCCUUCACUGCUUUUGUCCACAAGCACAGCCAAACUCAACAAAAAAAUGAAAGCUCCUUUGGGCUAAAUAAAAUAAAAUCAAAAUUGGGGAGCAGGGGGUAAACCUCAGUUCACUACAUUUCUCACAGUUGAAUUGAUGUUAACAGUAGAAAACACAUACAGGACAACACUUCUGUCUAAGCAGCUUCCUACUCAAGUUUUGCAGGUUAGCAAAUUCACACAGUUUAAUGUUGUGCUAGCUCUUGUGCAGGUCGGAUAUUCAGUAGCAAAAUUUGUUGUGUGUUCCCCACUUCCACAACAUUGACGUCUUUUUACAUUACUCAAAGUUGCUGCUGCUGGCUGAAAAAAAAUUCUAAUAUCCCUCCUCUUUGAAGGAGGUGGAGGAGGUGGCAUGUUGUCGACAUGUUGUAUAAGUCAUCAAUCAAUCAAACGUGCGUUUGAGGAAAAAAAUUGGACUGCCACAUUCAGCAAGUGAAAAGGGGUAAAUGUACAGUAAGUCUGAACAUAAUGAAACUAAUUCACUUAAUAAUGGUAGGGUCAAUUCUACCCUUACAACAUAUGGGAAGACAGGGACAUGGGAAGAUCUAAAUUACCUAUGUAACUGAAAUCAUUAUAUAAUACAAAUCAGGUUCCUUAAAAGAUGGUGGGGACAAUUUGAGCAGCCUAAAAAAAUGGUAGCGUUAUGUCUCUAUGCAAACCUACGCUUUUGCUUCAGGGGUGUAUAUAUAUAUAUAUAUAUUUAAAUUAGGGCUGUCAAACGAUUAAAAUUUUUAAUCGAGUUAAUUACAGCUUAAAAAUUAAUUAAUCGUAAUUAAUCGCAAUUAAUCGCAAUUCAAACCAUCUAUAAAAUAUGCCAUAUUUUUCUGUAAAUUAUAUUCUGUAAAAAAAAUUGUUGGAAUGGAAAGAUAAGACAUAAGAUGGAUAAAUACAUUCAACAUACGGUACAUAAGGACUGUAGUGGGCAUUUCACUCUACUGUCAUUUAAAUCUGUCUAUGCUGUCCUCACUCCGAAGCGUCUACUUUUUCCAAAGCUAGAGAGCUAGUGAACGACGCCUUAACAAUCAGACUUCUUCCUUUUUCAUCUGAUUUAUUAAUAAAAUGGCCUCAAGCCAUUGUCCUCUUUAAACCGUCGUAAAACUACAAAAAAAAAGUACACAAGCAUUGCAUUAGCAACAACGUUAGCUUAGCACGCUAUACAGGUUCACUAAACAUAAACAAAAAGCGUCUCAUACAAAAAAUAUAACAUUUCACUUACUAACAUAAUAUGUACAUUCUUUACAACAACCAUACUUACGGACAAAUCUUGUCCAAGGAUCAUAUAAGCACAACAUUACAACGUAGGCGUCAGCCCGAGACGUCGUGCAGCCAUAUUGAACUGGCAAGAAAACAAUUAACCAUGUCGCAAAGCAACCACAAGAGUUCGCUGUUAGACAGCACAAAAAGCCUUGCUGUAAAACUUACCAAAAGGCAUAAUACUGUCUGAGCGGGACAUGUGCGUUAAUUGCGUCAAAUAUUUUAACGUGAUUAAUUAAAAAAAUUAAUUACCGCGCGUUAACGUGAUAAUUUUGACAGCCCUAAUUAAUAUUUAUAGAUGUAUAUACAGUGUAUCACAAAAGUGAGUACACCCCUCGUAUUUCUACACAUUUAAGUAUACAUUUUCAUAGGACAACACUGACAAAAUGACACUUUGACACAAUGAAAAGUAGUCUGUGUGCAGCUUAUAUAAUAGAGUCAAUAUAUUUUCUCCUCAAAACAAGUCAAAAUAUAGCCAUCAAUAUCUAAACCCACCUGUCUCAUCAGACCAUAGGACAUGGUUCCAGUAAUCCAUGUGCUUUGUUGACAUGUCUUCAACAAACUGUUUGCGGGCUUUCUUGUGUACCAUCUUCAGAAGAGGCUUCCUCCUGGGGUGACAGGCAUGCACACCAAUUCGAUGUAGAGUGCGGCGUAUGGUCUGAGCACUAAGAGGCUGACCCCCCACCUCUUCAAUCUCUGCAGCAAUGCUGACAGCACUCCUGUAACGAGUCACAUGACAUUUUGGAGGGAAAAUGACAAGCAGUACUCAAUUUGGACAUUUAGGGAUGUACGUUUUUUCAAAGGGGUGUACUCACUUUUGUUGCCAGGGGUUUCGAUAUUAAUGGCUAUAUUUUGAGUUAUUUUGAGGGGAAAAUAAAUUAACUCUAUUUUAUAAGCU